AUGGGAUCCACUUACCACGAAGCUGCUCUCGCAAAGCUCAACGAUCGCUCACUCUUCAUAACCGAUGCCUUCAUCGACGGAAAAUGGGUCAGCAAAAGUCAGAAAUUCAAUGUCUACGAACCCUCAACAGGCACAGUCCUGGGCCAAGUCAGUGACUGCGACCUUCAGGAUUUCCAACGUGCCAUACAAAGCGCCCACGAUAUUCAAGACACCUUCUCCACAACUACAGGUGCCGCUCGCGGGGCUCUCCUUCGGAAAUGGUGUGACUUGAUUCUAUCAAACAAGGAAGACCUUGCCACAAUCCUAUGUCUCGAAAACGGCAAGACAUACGCCGAAGCCGCAGGCGAAGUCUCAUACGCCGCGAGUUUCAUCUCCUGGUUCGCCGAAGAAGCCACCCGGGCCUACGGGAUGACAAUCCCUUCUUCCACCCCUCGAACGACCCUAAUGACCCUCCGCGAACCUAUCGGCGUAUGCGGAAUCAUCACACCGUGGAACUUCCCUGCCGCCAUGAUAACACGCAAAGUCGGACCAGCACUCGCAGCCGGGUGCUCGGUCGUCAUCAAACCCCCGAGUGAAACACCAUACACCUGCCUCGCGUUGACCAAAUUAGCAGUACAGGCCGGGAUUCCUCCGGCGCUUAUUCAGGUCUGUCCGACCAAGAACCGACAGGCGGCCACGGAACUCGCGACGAAUCCGCUCGUUCGCAAGAUUAGUUUCACGGGGUCGACGGGGGUAGGCAAGAUGUUGGCGAAACUUGCAUCGGGCACAUUGAAGCGCGUGAGUCUUGAACUUGGUGGGAAUGCGCCGUUUAUUGUUUUUGAUGACGCGGACGUGGAUCUUGCGGUCGAGGGGGCCAUGUUCUGCAAGUUCCGGUGCUCGGGGCAGACGUGUGUUUGUGCCAACCGAUUAUAUGUCCAGAAGGGCAUCGCAGAGAAGUUCACGGCCAAACUCAUUGAACGAGUCGCAGCCCUCAAGCCGGGUCCUGGUCUGGACCUAUCCACUACGCAAGGACCACUUGUGAAUAAAGCCGCCGUUGAAAAGGUCGCGGAGCAUAUAUCAGAUGCAGUCUCCAAAGGAGCAAAGGUCGAAGUUGGCGGGAAUGCCGUUCUUGCUUCUGGAUUCCUCUUCCAGCCCACUGUGGUCUCCGGCGUCCGCCCAGAUAUGGUAGUGAGCAGGGAAGAGACUUUCGGGCCACUUGCUCCCAUCAUUGAGUUUGGCAGCGAGGAUGAGGCAGUUCAGCUGGCCAACAACACCGAGUUUGGCCUUGCGGGGUAUUUCUUUUCGAGGGACGUGGGCAGGGUCAUGCGUGUUGCUCAGAAGCUGCAGGUUGGCAUGGUUGGAGUGAAUACUGGCAAGAUCAGUGCUGCUGAAGCGCCUUUUGGAGGAGUCAAGGAAAGUGGCUAUGGUGUAGAGGGGAGCGCUCUGGGGCUGGCAGAGUAUCAGAACAUCAAGAGCAUAACGCUGGGGAACUGGUGA